UCAUCCCUCAACUUUCUCACUCACAAACCACCUCUCUCAAACAAAACAUAGAAAAGCAAAAAACAUUCUUAAACGAAAAAAAAUACACACACACACCAAUCCAAAUUCCAAAUUCAAAACUCAAUAUUCACCCCCCCUGCUACUUACUUCUUACUCUCACACUCACAUCACUACACUUUCAAAAUAGAGCAACCAUGGCAGCAACUUCAAACACAUGGAUCAAUACCAAACUUCCAUCAUCAUGCUCCUCUUUAAAAGGUGCAUCAUGUUCACCUCAAACACCAUCCUCAUUCACUAUCAGGAGUAACAAGAGGAGGUCUAAUUACAAUAAAAUCAAAUGCUCACUCCAAACACUCCACUUCCCAAAACAGUUACAACCAACCACAACAACAACAAAACCAAAACCAACAAAAGAAAAUAAAACCGCAUCCACAACCGCAGCUCCGGUUAAAGACUGGAACCUUAUACAAAAGGCGGCUGCCAUGGCAAUAGACUUCGCGGAAUCCGCCUUAGCCUCCCACGAGCGCCAACACCCGCUCCCAAAGACCGCCGAUCCCCGCGUUCAGAUCGCCGGAAACUUCGCACCGGUACCGGAGCAUCCCUCCACUCACUCCCUCCCAAUCGCCGGGAAACUCCCGGAAUGCAUUGACGGAGUCUAUGUCCGCAACGGUGCCAAUCCGAUGUACGAGCCCCUCGCCGGACACCAUCUCUUCGACGGCGACGGCAUGGUUCACGCCGUGAAAUUCCACAACGGCUCUGCCAGCUACUCCUGCCGGUUCACCGAAACAAACCGCCUCGUCCAAGAGAAAUCCCUCGGAAAACCGGUGUUCCCGAAAGCCAUCGGAGAACUCCACGGUCACUCCGGAAUCGCUCGCCUCCUCUUGUUCUACGCCCGUGGCCUUUUCGGCCUCGUAGACGGAAAAAACGGAAUGGGCGUCGCAAACGCCGGUCUGGUCUACUUCAAUAACCGCCUCUUGGCGAUGUCCGAAGAUGAUUUGCCUUACCACGUGCGCGUCACGCCAAACGGGGAUUUAAAAACCGUUGGCCGUUACGACUUUAACGGCCAACUGAAAUCCACGAUGAUCGCACAUCCUAAAGUGGAUCCAGUCUCAGGCGAACUCUUUGCUCUAAGCUACGACGUCGUUUCAAAGCCUUACCUAAAGUAUUUCAAAUUCAAUAAAGACGGAACGAAGUCGAAGGACGUUGAUAUUCCGUUGAAGGUCCCAACGAUGAUGCACGAUUUCGCGAUAACCGAGAAUUUCGUGGUGGUACCGGACCAGCAGGUGGUUUUCAAGCUUGGCGAGAUGAUGAGGGGUGGAUCACCGGUUGUUUACGACAAAGAGAAGGUCUCUAGGUUUGGGAUUCUUGACAAGAAUGCCACCGACUCAGACGGUAUCCGGUGGAUUGAAGCGCCAGAGUGCUUCUGCUUCCAUCUAUGGAAUGCGUGGGAGGAGAAAGAAACUGAUGAGGUUGUUGUGAUUGGAUCGUGCAUGACCCCUGCCGACUCCAUUUUCAACGAGUGCGAUGAGAAUUUGAAGAGUGUGUUAUCGGAGAUAAGGUUGAACUUGAAGACAGGGAAAUCAACAAGAAGGGCUAUAAUCCGUGAAGAAGAACAGGUGAACUUGGAGGCAGGGAUGGUGAACAAGAACAAGCUUGGAAGGAAGACACAGUUCGCAUACUUGGCACUCGCCGAGCCAUGGCCUAAGGUGUCCGGUUUCGCCAAGGUUGAUCUGUCCAGCGGCGAAGUAAAGAAGUACAUGUAUGGCGGUGAGAAAUUCGGUGGUGAGCCGAUGUUUCUUCCUCGAUCGGCGUGGUCGGAGAGGGAAGACGACGGUUACAUUCUUGCAUUUGUUCAUGACGAGAAGGAGUGGAGGUCUGAGCUUCAGGUUGUGAAUGCAAUGACUCUGGAGCUUGAGGCUAUAAUUGAGUUACCUUCAAGAGUGCCUUAUGGUUUCCAUGGCACAUUCAUUCAAUCCAAGGAUCUCCGGAAGCAGGCUUGAUUAUUUUCCGUUGAGACCUUCCUUUCUUUCUUUCUUUCUUUUAUUUGCUUUUAGAUCCUUCUUUCGUGUGAGCGAGGGGAGAUUUUUACCUGUGGGAUUGUUUGCAGAUAUGUCCCCGGAAUCUCCAUCCUCUCUGUUAUUUUCAAGCAGAAGUAGAGGCUCAUGUUUCUCUCUGCAUUCUUUUUCCUUUUUUUUAAUUAUUCUUAAGUUUGGGGAGUUUUGAGUGAGAGGUUUUGGGGGACCAUAGCUUGUAGCUUUUGGGUGUAGUAUAGCAAAAUGAAAGCUCAGCUGGGUCUCUGCUUAUUCUUUCACUUAAAUUUUAGAUGUCAUGAAAAAGUCUUGAGGGAAAACAACAAGUUGUGUGUAUAUCACAAUAUAGAUUAUUAUGUGAUAAUAUGAUAUUGUGUAAAUUUCUGUCCAGCACAGGUUUCUGUUGUAAAUAUAUCAGAAAUAACAGUAAUUUCACUUCUUCUUUUAAA